AUGGAGGGAUCGGCGACGGAGGGAAAUCACGGAGGCGAUCCCCGCGCCGAGCAUGCCGCAACCAAGGAGUCCGAGGCGGCGGCAACGCAACACCAUCUGACGCUGCUCCAGCCGACCGUGGUCGAAGUUUCUGCAGCCGUGCUGGAUAAGGACAAGGUGGGGGAGCACGAGUCGGUGGGGCUGGUCGGUGGCUCUCCACCUUCUGGUGGACGGGGGAGGCGUAGGCAGAGGAAGAGCGAUGGGGAGGACGAUUAUGACACCGCCGUACCCGGGGACCUCAUUACGCGGGCGAAGAGGCGGCAGACGACAGGUAGUGCUGACGACGCCGGUGGCGCGGCAGUUGGGACACCGCGAGGCGCCAAGGAAGCUAGUGGCAAGGCGGGCGGUCAAGCAUUGCGCCAGAAGGGCCGACCCGCAGCAAGAAAAGCAUCCGGCGGAAGGAGAGGCAAGAAAGCAGCGACGGGAACAAAGCCGAAACGGGGCGAUGAAGACCCCGGUGAUGCGGAGGAGGAGGAGGAUGAGGAGGAGGAUGCGGAGGGAGAGGAGGAUGAAGAGGAAGCGGAGGAGGAUGACGCGGAUGUUGGGGAGGAUGAAAAAGAUGAGAAUGAUGGUGGGGAGGACGAAGAGGAGGAGGAGGAGGAGGAGGAGGAGGAGGAGGAGGAGGAGGAGGCAGAGGAGGAGGAGGAGGAGGAGGAGGAGGAGGAGGAGGAGGAGCAGGGUGACGACGAGGAGGAGGAUGUGGAGGAGGAGGAGGAGGAGGCAGCGGAGGAGGAGGAGGAGGAGGAGGAGGAGGAGGAGGAGGAGGAGGAGGAGGAGGAGGAGGAUGUGGCGCCAGCAUUGGGCCGCCCGUAA